CACCCAACUAAGUGAUCGCUACGUUGGAUACCGAUGGGGGAUCGGAGCAGGGUACGCACCUGUCAUAGGCUUUCUAGGCACGACCUAUGAUUUUGAGGCUGACCUGACUAUGAGGGUCCUCGUUCGUUGCCUAUCCACAGACUCGUACCCUCCUUGCAUCACCGAGGAAGUUCCUUGCUCGAUUUGCCUUUGAGGAGGAGAGCUUUCCCCGCAUUCACCAUUUUUUCCCAUGUUGAAGAGCUUUUUUGAAUGUUCAUCUCUUCUUUCAUGUUUCAUGCCCCGAGUACCUUACUCGUCUUUCACCAUAAUUUCUAAUUGAGUUCUAAUAUCACACAACCUUCACCAUGUCCGAGAAAUCCUCAACAGAAAUCCCCAAGAAAUCGGAAGAGACAACACGAUCUCGAAAAUCAGAAGAAGCAGGCAAACAUGAGAACGAAUCUCCCAAAACAAAUCAUCCGCACCUGCAAAACUUCAUCCAAGAAGUAGUCGACGCCACGAACCCGUCACUCCGUCACCUAGCUUCCCAAUCAUCCUUCAACUCCCAGAACUCCAGAACGCCCAGCCACGCUCCCUCGGAUCCCCGUUCCCAGAUCACGAAACGUUCAUUCAGACCCCUGAGCACGAAUUUCGAGGAACAGAGACACCCCGGCAAACCCACUCUGAGCAUUACCCGGAGUACCAAGCAAUGGGAUCCCGAAAUCAAAGAAACGGGCAGCGUGGCCGAUUACCCGAGUCUCAAGCAAUAUCAUGAGAGUAUCGGGAGUGGGAUUUAUGGCAGUGAUCAAACGACGCUGUUCUCGGAUCCGAGGAGUAGUUUGAUGUCGGCGUCUGGUGCUGGGGCGGUGCCGAAGUAUAAGGAGAUUGAGAUUUCGCACCCGAUCGCGGAGGGCGCGAGCUCGAAAGUCAGCACGAGUGAAGGUUCGAGUCAGCAUGUGCUUCCUGAUGAGAAGGAGGGCGCCGAGGAGGAGGAGACGGUGUAUCCUGGACCGCUUGGGUUGUUUAUUUUGAUUACUGGCAUUGCGUUGAGCGUUUUUCUGAUUUCUCUUGAUCGGACGAUUAUUACGACUGCAAUUCCAUAUAUUUCCGACGAAUUUGACUCCUACGACGAUAUUGGCUGGUAUGGAUCAGCUUACCUUCUAACGGCCUCUGCUUUUCAACCUUUAUAUGGUCGCGUGUAUGGGCUGUUCAACAUGAAAUGGGCAUAUCUAACCUCGCUCUUCAUGUUCGAACUUGGAAGUUUGAUUUGUGGCAUUUCUCCAAAUUCCCUUGCGUUGAUCAUCGGUCGAUCACUGGCUGGCCUGGGAAGUGCGGGUAUUCUGACAGGAAGCUUCGUGGUGGUUAGUCAUGCGGUGCCGUUGCAGCAGAGGCCCGUAUUGACUGCUGUUGUGGGUUUGAUGUUCGGAGUCGGAGCAACAGCUGGUCCCCUCCUCGGAGGCGUCUUCACAGACCUAGUUACCUGGCGCUGGUGUUUCUACUUCAACCUCCCCGUCGGCGGCGCCACCGUAGCCGCCAUGCUAUUCUUCUUCCACCCACCCAAGAAGCACGCCUUGAUGGAAAAAUCCUUCCUCUACCGCGUCAUGGAACUCGACCUCAUCGGCAACGUCUUCCUCCUCAGCGCCUCCGUAAUGCUCUUCCUCGCCCUCCAAUUCGCCGAACUGCAGCAACCGUGGGGAAGCGCCAAGAUCGUAGGUCUCCUGACCGGAUGCGGGCUCAUGUUUAUCGUGUUCUGCGCUUGGCAGUGGUGGAAGGCUGAUGGUGCUUUGAUGCCGCCGCGGAUCCUGAAACAGAGGACUGUGGCUGCUUCGUGUGGUGCGGCGUUCUGCAUCUAUUCUGCGAUCCUGAUUCAGUCUUAUUACUUGCCGAUGUGGUUCCAGGCCAUCAAGGGCGAUUCGGCCAUUCAUUCGGGUGUCAAUAUGAUUCCGUAUGUGGUUGCGAAUGCCCUGUUUUCGCUACUGGCUGGUAUCUUUGUUUCAAAGAACGGAUACUUUGUUGCACCAGCCAUUAUCGGUAUGGCGAUUGGGACCAUCGGCUCUGGACUCAUUACUACUUUCGACGAAAACACAUCAUCUUCAUACUGGAUCGGAUGUGAGAUCUUGGCAUCAGCAGGUAUAGGCAUGGCCAUCCAACAAGGCUUCACAGCCGUUCAAAUCGUGCUCCCUCUCGAGGAAGUAGCCAUCGGAACCGCAGCAGUAGUAGCCUUCCAAUCCUUAGGCGGCGCUAUCUUUGUCUCGGUCGGAAACACCAUUCUUCAAAACACGCUCCUGGAUGCGAAUCUCCCGGGAGUCGACAUCCAAGCCGUGAUCGACGCUGGUGCUUCCGAUUUCCGCAGCAAGGUUACAGCGGAGCAACUCCCUGGUUUGAUUGCGGUGUACAAUGAUGCUUUGACGAAGGUGUUCAUAGCCGCUGUCCCAAUGGCGGGGUUGGCGAUAUUUGCUUGUGCGUGUAUGGAAUGGAAGAGUGUGAAGGAUGGGAAGAAGGGGGAUUUGGAGAGUGCGAAGAAAGCACAGGGGAAGAGGGGAGAGAUUGAGAAGGCGAUUUUGGAGAGGCAUAGGAGGAGUGAGAUGAGUGGGAUGACGGUGGGGUAUGGGUCUAGAGAUUAGGAUUCCAGAGAUGUCUAAAUUGUAUGUAAUGAGAGAUUGAAUGUAAUUCAAUCGCAGGAAAGACUUACCAAGUG